AUGUCUACGAUUGAUAAAUAUUGUUGGUGUUUAUACUUACUUGCAGGUCGAUUGCCUGUCCGUUAUGGUCUGGUGAGAGGACACAUUUAUGACCACGAUGUCCUGUUCAGUCUGGCCUCCGAAGCAGGUCUUCCUCUCGAAGAAACAACAAUUGCUGAAGCUUUAAAACAUCGUGGCUACGCGACGGCAAUGUUUGGCAAAUGGCAUCUUGGAAUAGGAAGCAAUGGACGGUUCUUGCCUGUAAAUAGAGGGUUUGACUCGUGGCUAGGCACACUUGUGUCGCAUGGUCGGUCUUGUGUUGCUAAUAUCCCGUCUUUACUCCACUUGGGAAAAUUAAUAUACUUCUAUCUAACGAGCAAAGUUAUUUGGAACUGUCUUUUGAUUAUUAUUCUUGUUCCCGUACCAUUUCGUCUGUAUACCAGGAUGUCGUUUCUUGUAACCAUAGUAUGUUUUCUCAUUGCAUUUCUUGUGUCGUACGUCAUGGCUGCUAAAUUUACGCUACUCGGUAAACCUAGCUGCGUAUUCUUUCGUGACAAAGAUAUCCUUGCUCAACAAUACGACGCAAAUUUGUAUGAUAAUUUUACUUUACUGUACACGAAAGAAUCUUUGGAUUUUAUUGAUAGAAGUCAUCAGAAGCAGUCUCCUUUCUUCUUGUAUGUGGCGUUUAAUAAACUCCAUCCACCUGUGUCUCCCUCUUACUCUUUUAAAGGUUCCUCGAACAUGGGUCCUUACCAAGACUCUCUUAUAGAAAUCGAUUGGAGCGUGGGUAAAAUUGUUAAUCGUUUGCAACAAAAUGGGAUAGACAAUGAAACUGUUGUGAUUUUUAUAUCUGACAAUGGGCCACAGAUUUACGGACCAGCUUUUAAGGACAUGGCCCCUCCUAAUCAACGUGGUUCUGCUGGAGCGGUAUCCAACAACAAAGGACAAAUUAUCAGGCUAAGAGGCUCAAAAAUGAGUAAUUGGGAAGGUGGUAUCCGAGUACCGGGUAUCAUACGUUGGCCUGGAAAACUGCCUCAAAAUUCCACAAUAAAAGAAGUGACGUCAAUAAUGGAUAUAAUGCCAACAAUAUUGGAAAUAGUUGGCCUACCUUUAAAUAUCACAAAUUCGCCAAUGGACGGAAAGUCUUUGCUACGCUUCGCGAGCAACGUGCACGCCAAUUCACAACAUAAGGCGCUGUUUCAUUACUGUGAAAUGUCUGGUCCAAGUGCCGUGACGUAUGGGCAAUAUAAACUACACGUGGCUACUAGCGGCGAUCGCGGUUGUGGAAAGAACACACUUCAAACCCCUCUUUUGUAUGACAUUCAUGAAGAUCCUGGAGAAACAACACCGCUAUGUGUAAACAAAUACAACCACGUCGUUCAGGAGAUACUCCAUGAAAUAACUAAACAUCAGAGAGGGCGUGAUGAUAGCGGAUGGUCCCAGUUUGACAUGCCAAUGUGGCCAUGGCUCUUUCCAUGUGCUAAUUUCCCAUCGUGUAAACGCGAUUUUAUAGAAAAGAUGAACUUCGAUGACGUUUUGUCAUGAAAAGAAUAAAACACUCUACAAGGAGUAUUUCAUCUCACUAAAAUCAACAUGGUCUUUUAUAGUACUUUAUAAUAUACUAUAUGUAUCUUUUUCACACGUUUCCUAGUAUUUUUCAAAAGAUCUGUUUAAAAACAUGCCGAUGGAAUAAUAAACUAUUGCUAUGUUUUAUAAUAUGAUGAAAUUAAAUUAACAGAAUCAAUUUUACAUACCUGUUGGUAAUUUGGAAACUAACAGAAUAAUUAAUUUUGAAUAUAAACAGGUACACGUUUAGUAAUAAGAAAUCUAGCAAACACUAGGUGAAGUGAAGGUGCUUAGACAUGGGACAACAGACUUAUUAUACUAAUACAGAUAGCCUAUAUUUAUAUCUGUCAGUAUAACAUUUUGGUUUGCCUAAAGGAAAUAGACCAAUAUAAUGCAAUGUAUCCCAUCAAGUAAAUAAAGGCUAAAUAUCUAUGUAUGGUUUAUCUAAUAAUUGUUUGAAAAAACGAAUGUUUUUGUUCCUAUUUACUAUGUACUUUGUAUAAUGUUUGAAAAUAACACAAAUGAAACUUUUGUAAUGUGUGUUUUCCCUAAAUGUAGAUUUCUGUUUUGUGGACAAUUGUCUGUAAGUCCUAAAACAAGUAGCCAUCUACAUAAUUGUAUUCAAUUCUAAUUACUGUUAUCAUACAGCUAUAAUUUGCUGAAAGCAAAAAAAAAAAAAAAAAAAAAAAAAAUUAAAAAAUAGGCCCUGGUUUAAAAUUUACGCAAAUAUAUCAAUAAUAUUAUGAUGUCAUAGAAAAGUCAUAUGAACGGUUUAAUCAGAGAAUAAAAGAAUAUAUUAUGAAUUAAUGUCUACAAGAUUUCAAAUGAUUGGUGUAGCUAUGCCUAUUUUAAGUGGAAGAGAUUGUCUAGUGAAAUAGCUAAUAAAACGAUUCGAACCCAA